AUGUCUGGGGAGUUACCAAAGCGGCUUAUUAAGGAGGGUGAGGAGACCCAAGUGACUCAGAUCAAUAAGAACGGCACAAUGUGCGAUACUAGUCUAUCACGUAAGGAGUUGGUUGACUUCGAGGAUGAUGGUGGUUUCUGGAGCACAGUGGUGAGGAGAAAAGAGGGAGUAACUAUCUUGGACCUUUGGAAGAAUCACCAUGAAGCUGUUAAGAAGUGGAGUAAUGCUGAUCGAAUAAGACUGGUGUAUCUGUGCAUCAUUGUGACUAUGUAUCCCUGGGGAGUUGCUUCUUUUGACCUUCUCUGUGAGUCAAUAGCUAAAACACGUGACAAACUGAAGGAGAAGACUACUAGUUACGUGUUAGAUGGCCUCUCCUACGCCUUGCAGAUUUUGGCAAUGGAAGCAGUACCAAAGAUUGGAAAGCUCUGUGGAAAAAAAAUUGAACAAGGGUUUUAUGAACGAGCUGAUGAUUUGGAGGAUGAUAGAAUCAAGGUUCUCAUGAGGAUGAUACAUACUAAGCAUGACUUCAGUGACCACAUUUGGGAGUUCGAAGAGACACCAGAGUUUUCUUGGGGGCUUCAUGACAAACAAGGAGAGGAUGACAAACAAGGAGAGGAUGAUGAAGUAGCUGAGAAUGAUGAAGAAGCUCCCAAUAAUGAUGAAGAAGAUGGGAGUGAUGAAGACUUUCGAACUCCAAGAGGAUCAUCGAACAGAGUCUCCAGAGCUAGAAAGGAAAAAAAGAGGCUCCCGGAUCGUGGAAUGGAAAAAAGGAAGCAAAAGGUUCUCUGUUCUAGACCACAACAUGCGCCGUUUAAUGAAGAUAUGAAGAGCUUUAUGGCGUAG